CUCAGAUCCUUUUCAUUUUUUUCACUGAUUCUAUCAUAAAUCUUCAUUCUCAGCUUCAUACCCAUGGAGCAUUGAUAUAUCGCACGCUUCACAAGUGUGUGAUGGAGUCGGAUAAUCCAUUGUCUGCGGAUGGUCUUGAGGUUGCCGUUGAAAAUGGUGUUUGCCUGCAACUUCAGGUGUCUGGGGAUGAGUACGACAGUAUCUUUUCGGAUAAUGUGAAUGGAACUGUCGAUGAAACAUUCGAGACUUGUUUUCAGAAUGAAAUGGAUGACAAUGGAACAACUGAGCAAGCUAAAGAAUGGUCGAAUGACUAUGUGGAAAGCAGUGGAUUGAUGGAUUCUAAGGAAGGGGAAGCCAAAGACAAGUUGAAGCAAUCCAAACCUCAUAAGAUUCAAGGCAAGACCAAUACUGAGAAGCCCUCUGGUCCCAAAAAUGUUUCUCCAGCUUUGGUGAAGAAAAAUAAAGAUGGAAAGAUUGCUAAGGCAAUGUUGACAGCUCCUAAUGGUGGUUCUGUUGCUGCAAAUUCACGUAUGAAACAACCUCUAAAAAGUAGAUCAUUGAAUGAAAGACAAGCUAAUGGAUCCCAGCAUCUUGGAAAACCUGAUGCAGCCUUCUCUGAAGGCAAUACGGAGAAAGCAAAGUUAAAGCCUUUGAAGAAAGGACCUCCAGAUAAAGCUGAAGGAGAAUCUGAGUUAUCCCCCACAGUAGCUGAUGAUAAAGCUCAUAAGAUUGGUACUCUUCCAAAGUAUGGUUUCAGUUUCAAGUGUGGCGAACGGGCUGAGAAAAGAAAAGAGUUCUACAAUAAACUUGAGGAAAAAAUUCAUGCAACGGAAGUAGAAAAGAGCAACUUGCAGGCCAAGUCUAAGGAAACUCAGGAGGCUGAGAUUAAGAUGUUUAGGAAGACUCUGAACUUUAAAGCAACUCCAAUGCCAAGCUUCUAUCAGGAACCUCCACCUCCAAAGGUGGAAUUAAAGAAGAUGCCAACUACAAGAGCUAAAUCACCAAAGCUUGGUCGGAGAAAAAGCUCAACUACUUCAGACAUUGAUGGUAACAGCAAUAACGGUCACCAAUCAGGCCGGCUAAGUCUGUAUGAGAAAGCAUCUCAGAGGAUAUCUGCCAAAGUGAUUUCUCCUGCCCAUGCAAAGAAGCCACAGAGGAAAUCACUUCCCAAACUGCCUUCUCAGAAGACUACUUUGUCCAGCGCAAAGAAUGAGGAAUCGAAAUCGGAGGCAUCCUAUCCUGAAAAGGUGACUAAAUCAAAAGCAACAACCGAGGGAAAGAUAGCCUCAUCUAAAGAAACAGACGAGGAGAACACCACAUCAUCUGAUUUGACAAAUGAGGAAUUAUCUCCAAUCCAACAGCCGGAGGCAGUUUCGACAGAUGAUUCAGGUCUAAGUCAGCCUGAGAUGGAUCGAGGGCCGGUGAUUGGACAGCAAGGGAAGCUGGACUUGGAGCAAGAGCAAAUUGCAGUGGAGCAUUAAGCAUGGCAGUGGUUUUAAGUUGGCGCUAUAUGAGAAUCCUACAUUAGAGAACGUAAUGAUUUUGUCUUAUCCAAUAUUCGGCUGCUUUGGUUGUUUCUGUUCAGAUGUAGCUUGCAAAGGUGGGCCUAAUUUGUGUUGUUUAAGGAUGGCUUGCUGAGUUUUAAAAGUUGUUUGCUGUUGGUGUUAUAGAUAAUCCAUGAUCAAACAUUCUAAGUAAUUGUGAAUUGCUACAUUGUUUAAAUUGCUUUGUUUAUCC